CUUUGAGCGCCUUUCAACAGUCUUUCAAGACGUCUUUCUAAUUUGUUUUAUAAAUAUUACUUUUAGCCUUCUUUUUAAUUUCGCAAUAGCGAUUUCUAAGUGCGAGGACCCUUCUCGUUGCCCGAUCGACAACGCAGCAGAGCGCGACUCCCUUUCCUUUUUUUCUCCCUUUUUAUUUUUUUUUUUGAAGCCCCUGCAUAUAGCGACGUUUGCCAUCGUUCAUGGCUUAACAACAUCAAAGUUGGAAGGGACUUUGGAAUUGAUCGUCUUUCGAGUCCUGAUCGGCCAUCAUGUCAGGCUUCGGCGCUGGCUCUGGCUUUGGGGGCUUCGGCUCCGGUAACCAGCAACAACAAAGCGGUGGGUUCGGAACUGGAUCAGCUUUUGGGGCAUCAGGCUCAGGUUUCGGCGCUCCUACUGCACAAACAAACCCCAUUUUUGGAGGUCAGAAUAAAGGAUUUGGGUCCACCCCGACAUCCACUGGAGGUAUGUUUGGAUCGGGAACAAGCACGUUCGGUAAUACAGGCUUCGGAUCAGGCAGUUCGUUCGGCAACACUCCAAGUACAGGGAGCAGUGGUAUGUUUGGGAGCAAUCAGACAUCUGGCUUUGGAAGCGGCAGUCAGGGUAGCAGUCUCUUUGGUGGAGGAACUACAGGCGGAACCGGGUUUGGCGGUGGGAGUGCAUUCGGUAGCGGAACAGCUUUGGCUGGCGCCAUUCCCCCGGCAAGCGGAACCGCAAAUCCACCGUUCAGCGCAUAUGAAGAAAAAGACUCUUCGGGGACAUGCCAUUACCAAAGCAUUAGUUGCAUGCAGCCGUACUUGAAAUAUUCCUUCGAGGAACUUCGCGUUGCGGAUUAUGACCAAGGACGCAGAUACGGAAAUGCUAGCGGUCAGGCCGGAGCAUUUGGAGCAACUGCCUUCGGGGGUUUCCAACAGCCUGCUGGCGGGUUUGGCACUCAAGCUUCUAGUAAUCCCUUUGGUGCAGCCUCAAGCGCGCCUUCAACUUUUGGACAGACAGCGACAAGCGGUUUUGGAAGUGGUACUUCAACAAACCCAUUGUUUGGGGCUACGAAGCCAGCUGGCUCAGUGUUCGGUCAAACCCCUACCUCACAGCCAAGCGGUUUCGGCACAACCACAACUGGCACCGGGGGAUUUGGGUCAACUACAGGUACGGCUUUUGGUUCAGGUAAUCUCCUCGGCAAUCAGCAAAAGACGGGAUUCGGCACGGGCACCACUGGGACUGGAUUUGGUGGAUUCGGACAAACCGCACCUACCACUAGUGCUUCGCCGUUUGGAGGCACUACAGCCACGUCCUCCCCGUUUGGUCAGCAGCAAGCUGGAAGCGGUGGCUUUUCAGCCUUCGGUCAAACCCAACAGAGCCAGCAAAAUAAGCCAGCAUUUAGUGGGUUCGGAACCACCACGCAACAGCAACAGCCGGCCGGAGGAACCCUAUUUGGGGGAACGCCUGCAGGUACCGGAACUACAGGGUUUGGAACAAGCCUCGGACAACAAGGUGGCACAUCGCUGUUCGGGGGUACGACUGGACAGCAAGCCACAUCAACUAAUUUAUUUGGCGGUCAGCAGCAACAACAGCAGGAACAGAAGCCGAAUCUGUUUGGCAAUCUUGGGACCGGAACUUCGACCACGGGCACCAGCGGCUUUAGUGGAUUUGGAACCCAACCUCAACAGCAACCGGGAUCCAGCUUGUUUGGAGGAACACAACAACAGCAAAAGCCAAGUCUUUUUACCCCCAGCACAGGCCAAACUGGUAGCUUGUUUGGUACUCAAGCAAGUGCAACUCCUGCCUCUACUGGUGGCUCUUUGUUCAAUCUCGGUGGUGCGAAUCAGAACGCACAACAGCAAAAUACCGGUGGAUUAGGCUUGGGCUCGUUGGGUAGCGGCAGCAUGUUCGGAACUCCACAGCAACAAACACAACAGCAGCCUCAGGCUACUGGCCUUCAAGCGUCGCUCCUGGAAGGCAAUCCUUACGGAAACCAGUCAAUCUUCUCUGGCCUGCCUGCACCGAAUGCUCCCUCUCCAGGACCCUUAGCCACACCACUGUCCGCGAGUAUCAAACAAAAGCAAAGAACACCACUGCCUAUGUAUAAAGUUUCUCCUCAUGCUGCAAACCGCCUCAUCACCCCUCCCACUCGCCAAGGAUACGGAUUUUCGUAUUCUACAUAUGGCACUCCUAGCAGCUCCAUUGGUACACCGACUGGAACGAGCCUGUUAAGUAGAAGUUUUAAUGGAGGAAGCUUGGGGCGGGGCUUCAGCAAGAGCCUUUCGGCAAGUAGCUUACGCAGAUCCUUCGAGCCAGAAACGGAUAGCAUCCUGUCCCCGGGAGCAUUUUCUCCGGGAAGCUCUCGAUAUUCAAGCUCGAACUUGAAGCGCUUGACAAUCGACCGGAGUCUUAGAAAUGACCUAUUUGCACGGGCACCCCAGCCCCCGGCCACAAUUACGAAUGGCGAUAGUACUCCACAGCAAUCUAGCAAACUCAAGAAGAGAGUCAGCUUUGAUUCUCCCAUUGAUAGCGAGGAAUCAUCUGCGAAAGCUGAUGGAGCUCUUGUCCACGUGCAAAGCUCAACCCCGGAGCCAACACCGGAAGAAUUGGGCUUCUUGCGGUCGGGUAAACAGAAGAGCACUGCUGCCGAAUCGAAUAAAGUGAGAGAGGUUGAGAAUGUCAAUGGCACCCCCGACGGUAAAUCUUCCGCUAGCUCCAGCGACCAGCCUGAGAUGGAACAGAUCCGAGGAAAUGAACUUGCCAUCGUCCCUGAAGACCGUGAGCAAGAAGAAGUUGUUACACCAGAGAAGCCCGGACUGGUGAAAGUUCCAGAGAGAGACCCUCAGCCUGGAGAAUAUUGGAUGAAACCAUCCCGCCAAGAGAUCAACAAAAUGACGCGCGAGCAACAGAAACAGGUAUCCAACUUUACCGUGGGUCGCAAAAAUUGCGGCAGUGUUACGUUUAAUAAGCCUGUUGACCUCACAACGGUUAAUCUCGAUGAUGUGAUGGACUCGAUCGUCGUGAUCGGAUUACGUUCCAUCACUGUAUAUCCUGAGGAAGGAUCUAAGCCACCGCGAGGCAAAGGCUUAAACGUCCCGUCCACUUUGACAAUUGAAAACUCUUGGCCACGAGGUCGCGACAAGAAGGCUCCUUCGCCACUGACGAGUGGACCACUCUUUGAUAAACAUAUCGAGCGUUUGAAGCGCGUUACGAAUACCGAAUUUGUCGAAUAUCGGAAGGAUAAGGGUAUUUGGAUUUUCAAAGUUCCACACUUUACCACUUACGGGCUUGAUUAUGAUGAUGACGAUGAAGGUGAGAGUUUUGAUCAAAGCACUAUGAGUGCUCAUCCUGACAUGGUCACUCCAAAGGCUCAAAUUCCCUCACAUCAUCUCGGGUCAGAAUUUAAUGAUUCAACAAUUAGCGUCGAUGAUUCGUUUGACGACUCAAUGAUCGGAGUCGAAGACGAUACGUUCGAAUUCAAAAAAAGAGGUUUAGUUCCUGGAGCCUUUACGAACCAGUCUGUUAUUGGUAAAUCUGUGUCCUUUGAGUCGGAUGAAGAGCAAGAAUCUUUUUUAGGGGAGGGCUCCGUGGGUUCGAAUUCUGAAAAUGGAUAUGUUGAAGAAAGUGACGGUCAUGACACUGUCACAUCAGAACUUGAAUCAGACAGGGACGAGACGAUGGAUAUGGCUGGUGCAUUUCCUGUCCCUGACUAUACCGCGGAGCAACCUACUCCAAUCAGCCCCCAAAAAUCAACUUUCGAACACUCGCGAAUCGGGCAUAUGGAUGACUUGAGUUUAAACUUGAGCGGAAAUUGGGCAGAGCAGUUGCAGCGCACCAUCAGUCCUCGGAAACAAGAUCGACAAGCUCUGCGCGAAAUCCAAAACAGUGUCUUUGCGGACAGAGACGGGAGUGAUGACACCCCAAAGGCAAAAUCCCAAGACAGCAAGGACAAAGGAUUUGCUACAAGCAUCGAUCUUAUGAACUCCCUUUUCCGACCGCGGCAGGCCAGUCCGCGAAAGUCUCAGGUGGCGAAAACUCGGGAAGGAUUCGAGUGGCCAUAUGCCAAGAAGCCUAAAACUUUCGCCGGAAAACCCGGUGACAUGCCGGAAGAUGAUGUUAGCUUCCAUUCCUCGUUUAAACCCAGAUGGGCAAAUUUGAAUACACUUAUUCUUCGCGGGGUUGCUUCGCCAUCAAUGCUUGAUGCUCACGAACCAGAGAUUAUACUUUACAAGCUUGGAGAUAUGAAGGAGAACCAAGAUGCCUUGCUCUUGCAAAAGGCUCGUUCAGUUAUACAAAUCAUCGAUGACGUCCCAUCCGCUAGCUUGUCUGUCGCUGAUUUCCUUGCUUUAAUCGACGUUGUCCAGGAAGAAUCACCGGAAGGCGAACUAGAACGACGGGUUUGGCAACUAGCAUAUAUCCUUUUUAAUGAUGAUAUUGAGGAUGAUAUAUCGGCUGGAGUCCCGGAGCACUUCCGCAAGCAAUAUCUCCACCGCAUCAAGAAAGAUCGCCUCAGUCUACUGUGGGAGGAUAUCAUCCGCCAAACUCAUGGUGCCAAUGUUGAGGCUAGUGCAACUGCAGAAGAACGAGCAAUCAGAUAUCUCUGCCUCCAUAGAGUUGAAGAUGCGUGCAAGGCCCUCAUCGAAGGUGGAAACCCCCACUUAGCAACGCUGAUUUCUCAAGCUGGACGAGAUGAAACUAUUAGAAAGGACAUGAAAGACCAAAUUGAGUUCUGGCGGAACCAGAAUGUACUCUCUGAAAUGACUGAGCCUAUUCGUGCGCUGUACGAACUCGUUGCCGGUAACUGUCUUCGUAGCGAGGGCAAACCAAAUGCAGCCAUCGAGGAUCGAACAUCGACUUUCAGUAUCUCCGAACGGUUUGGUCUCGACUGGGUCCAAGCGUUUGGUCUCCGCUUGUGGUAUGGUAUCGGCGAAAGUGACUCUAUUGAAGCCGCCGUGAGUCUGUUUCAACAUGAUAUCUCCCAUGGGAACGAGCCUGCGUAUCCGACUUCGAUCUUUGGGGACCGUCGGGAGCAGCCAGGGGCUGACUUACCUGAAUCUCCUCUGUGGGUUAUCUUGAAAAUCUUUGCGGUUGCCAAAUAUAAUGGAAAACAUCCCGAAAUUCAACCAAUCUGCGUACCACGAGAUAUUAUGCCUGAGGCCUUUUCUGCCCAGGGGUUACAUAGCCGACUCUCAUUCCAACUAUUCCAUCAUAUCUGCAAGGUCGCACGUCAAUACAACGCACUUGAAAUCGAUGAGCAUCGUGCAGAUCAACUUGCUCUUAAUUAUGCCUGGGAACUUGCUGCUUCGGAGGAAUAUGGCCCGGCGUUAUUCGUUCUUCUAUAUCUCAAUCGUGCCGUGGAUCGUGAACGUAGUAUUAAAGAGAUGUUAUGCCAAUUUGCUGAGUUGCUCCCUGCACCAGUCCUAGAAGAUGAAACAACGAGUGUUAUGUGGAAAUAUCUCACUCAGGAACUCCGUCUUCCGACCCCCUGGAUCUGGGCCGCGAAAGCACUCUUUGCACGGUCCGCAGGUGUAACACCUACAGAGGUUGGGUGUCUUCUUAAUGCUAGGCAUUGGGACGAAGCCCAUGAUACGUUCUGCAGGGUUGUUGCUCCGCGGCUCGUCAUUGAGCGCGAUUACGAUACACUUAAAUUGUUGCUCGAUGUAUUUGGCAAAACCCCAGAAAGAAGGAUUCGUGGGUGGCCACAAGAAGGUGGAUUGUAUCGAGAUUUCCUGGCUUUAGUGGAUGUUCCAGGGAUUCGGAAAGACCAGGCUGUGUUGAAAAGACUGACCAGCACACUGAUAAAUGCGGGUGAAAAAAUCGAGAAGAGCACAACAGUGCCUUUCGAGGAGAAAGUGGCGUUAAAGGAAAUUGGUCGAUUGGUCGCUGGGUGGUGCACGAAUGACAUUGGCAGUACUCUGCAGCCGGCUGAUAUACUUCGCCUUCCAAUGACACAAGACGCAAGACGUAUUCAUGCCGCGGAGGUUAGCAAGCGAUAUUAUCGGGCAAUUAUGGCCAGUGGGGCUUGAUUUAUUGUGACUUGAAAAAAUGAAGAUGGAAAA